ACGCAGACCCAAACUUUUUCUCUCAUCACGUGCCUGUCCUGAGCCAGUCCCAGGCAGCAGCUCUGUAAUGUGAUCGCUCUGGCCGGCCUCCUGACCCAACCGGGUGACAACAGUGGUUAGCCCGGCAGACAGAGUGCAGCAGCCACCCAGCAGGGACCCAGCAGGAAGAGAAGGCAGCGUCACCUGUGGCCAAGAUCCCAGAGGAGCCUGUCAAGCAGCCCACUGCAGAGGUUCCAUCAUUCUUGUCACACGCUAGGACCAGGAAAUCUGCCAUGCUCCUCUUGAGUCACACUGUGACACUAUCAUUGGAGACGGCCAGGGGAUUAAUGCGUGCCAGACCCUCUGUGCUGGUGUGGCUGCCUUCUGUGCUGUGCUUCGGACUCUGAGCUCGGUCCAGACUCAGGUGAAAGACGCUGGAAACAGCAGGUGGUGUCCACCAGAUGAAGGGAGAGGUUGGAAGCAUGCUACACAAUGAGAAGUCCAAGCAGGAGGGACACAUCUGGGGCUCCAUGAGGAGGACGGCUUUCAUCCUGGGAUCUGGCCUACUCUUGUUUGUAGCCCUCUGGAACUCAGUGACAUGGCAUCUUCAGAGAUUUUGGGGUGCUUCUGGCUACUUUUGGCAAACCCAGUGGGAGAGGCUGCUGUCUGAGUUUGAAGGGAAGGAGUGGCUCCUUUUCACCCUAGGUGCCACCGGGGUGCCUGCUCUGGUCUUCUGGGUCUUCAGUGGGCUCCUCCUGGUGGUCGACACCACGGGCAAACCCAGCUUCAUCUCCCGCUACCGCAUCCAGGCUGGCAAGAAUGAGCCUGUGGACCCCGUGAAACUACGCCGGGCUGUCUCCACGGUUCUUGUCAACCAGUUCAUGAUCUCUUUCCCCAUGGUGGUCUUCUUCUAUCCGUUCCUCAAGUGGCGGGGGGGCCCCUGCCGCCGAGAGCUGCCUACCUUCCACUGCUUUCUCCUGGAGCUGGCAGUCUUCACCCUGAUGGAGGAAGUCUUGUUCUACUACUCACACCGGCUCUUUCACCACCCAGUACUCUACAGGAAAAUCCACAAGAAACACCACGAGUGGACAGCCCCCAUUGCUGUGAUCUCCCUCUAUUCCCACCCCGUAGAGCACGUGGUCUCCAACAUGCUGCCGUUGAUGGUGGGCCCCUUCGUGAUGGGCUCCCACUUGUCCUCCAUCACCGUGUGGUUUUCCUUGGCCCUCAUCAAUACCAUCUUAACCCACUGUGGCUACCACCUGCCCUUCCUGCCUUCACCUGAAUUCCAUGAUUACCACCAUCUCAAGUUCAAUCAGUGCUAUGGGGUGCUGGGAGUGCUGGACCACCUCCAUGGAACGGACACUGUGUUCAAGCAGUCCAAGGCCUACGAGAGACAUGUCCUCUUGCUGAGCCUCACCCCGCUCACGGAGAGCAUCCCCGACUCCCCAAAGAUGCAAUGAAUGAGGGCCCUGGCACUAUCCUGGCUGACCCCUCAGCAGCGAGACACCAGGAAUGCCCAAGCCUCAUGACUGCGCCUGACAUUUUGCCCCUUGUAGCCACUGUCUCCAAUGAUGGCACCACUAGGGCACCAGGAGGUCAGCUUCCCAGAAAAGCAGGGACAAGGAUGGGGCCAGGGCUCUCCCUAACUUACUGCCCUUGACUUCUCUGACAGGAUCUGGAGUUGGCUACUUCAAACAGUGCUACUGGCUGGAGGCUGUAAGGGGAACUUCCUUGAGGGCUAUCAGCAAGUCCUGGGGUCCCCUGUGGUGGAAGGGGCGAGGGGAUCCACCCCAGAUGAUUUCACUAUGGCAAAGGCUUGAUGCAGAGAAUGACAAAGGGGACACUGGGGGCCACCUGGCUCCAGGAAGUGCUCCUUCUGGUGCCAGGGAGCGGUGGAAGUAGGUGGCACUCUGCCUGUUCUGUCCCAGGAGGCUUUCUUUUCUUACACACUAUUCAGGCCAAGUAGGGCCAGGACCCCUGGCUUGGUUUACAGGUCUCAGUUCUUAACAUGACAGACGUCCAGCACCACCCACACAGGCCAGUGACCAACACCCCACUUCCACUGUGCCCACCACCACCAAGUCUUCCCUCUCACGAGGAAAGUCCUGAGUUUCUCCCUGGAUCUCAAUGCAGAAACUGAAGAGGUGCCGACCAGACUCUUGACACCUUCUAUCACGCGAGAACCAAAGGACAAACCGAAGAAAGUGCUAAGCUGGGAGCUCUUUCUCCCAGAAAGGUUGCUGCUGUUGGGGACACUCGAGAUCCUUACUUAGCCAGUGUCCACCAGGAAGAGGUUAGAAUCCUCCUUCUCUCCUAGCAGAGCCCAGAAAACAUGGCUGAGCAAAGGGCAAAAUCUUUUCCUCCAAAUAGUUAGCCAGUUUUAUCAGCACCAUUUAUUCAGGAUGGUUUUAGCAGCAAUACCUUCUUUUUUCCUAAAUAAACUUACCCUUUAAUGCCAUUUUGCCAUUAACUAUCUGUGUUUGGAGAGGCAGCAAGUGAGCUCCCAUCUGCUGGUUUGCUCCCCAAAUGCUAGGAAUGUAAUCCAGGUCUCCCAUGUGGGUGGCAGGAACCACACAGUUACUUCAGCCAUCACUGCUGCUUCCCAGGGUCUGUCUCCAUUAGCAGGAAACUGAAAUCAGAAGCCAGAGCUGGGUGUUGAACCCUGCCAUGGGACAUAGACUUCUUAAGUUCUAGGAUACACACUUGCCCCAUGAUAGCUUUUCUGAAUGAAAUUUUAACCACAUACCAAACCACAGAGGAGCUUGGAUUGAAGCAGUCCCCACCCUGGCCUCCUCCCAGGAGCCAGCAGCCAGGCCCUAGGACUCAAGGGCCAACCGAGCAUGUAGGGACAGCAUCCUCCCUUGGCCUUCCAAAGCCCUGCCUGCCCACCUUCACUUGAUGGACAGCUUCUGGUGCAUCAAAGCACUAAGUUCUCAUGGCUGCAGGCCUGACCAUCCAUUACCCGUUCCUACAAAUAAACAUUGGGGAAAAGAGUCAAUCUUGAGUAUAUGCAUCAAAGAGCACGGCAGAGGAAAGAGAGCAGUAGCACCCCACCCCCACCUCCACUAAGAUCUUUUGCUUGUUGUCCAGUGGGACAAGACCAUUCUCUUCCCCCUUUUUGCAGACAGGUUGGUGGUCCCUGACAGAGGGGUCCAGCCCUAUCCUUUUCUCCAUCAAACAGAAUGGCCAUUAAAUUGGUAAAUAAAGGCUUCCAAAAAGGA